AUAAAAACAAUGAUUUAAGAAUUUUUACAUUGGGUAUUGGUGAUAGUGUUUCACAUAAUUUAGUGGAAUCAGUUGCUAGAGCUGGUAAUGGAUAUGCAGAAUUUGUUACUAAUAAAGAAAGAAUGGAUAAAAAAAUUUUGGGAAUGUUGAAAAAUGCUGUAAAACCACCUAUCAAUGAUUAUAAAAUUAAAUGGACAACAAGUUAUGACAAACAAGAUAAAGAUGAAGAUAAAUUCUUUAAUUAUUUUUUUUUUAAAAAACCUAAAAAAGACGUUGAAAAAUUAUUGGAAUGCAUUAAAUUACAACAAGCACCUUAUAAAAUACCAGAAAUUUACCCAGGUGUUAGGUUCAUAGUUUAUUGUAUUUUAUCAAAAGAUGUUCAACCAUCUAAUGAAAUUAUCUUGACAGCUAAAUCCUCAGAUGGACCAAUGAAACUGAAUAUACCAAUAGAUCAUGUAACCUUGACUGGAUCAAAAAUUCAUACACUGGCUGCCAGGAAACUUGUACAAGAUUUGGAAGAAAACAGAUCAUUUAUUCAUAAACAUCUUAAAUCUAAAGAUAAAACUAUUCCUGAUUAUAUGUUUAAAGAUUAUAUUGUUAACUUGGGAAUAAAAUAUAAUCUAAUGUCAAAAUAUACAAGAGAAAAGGAGGAAGAAGUAAAUGAACAUAAAAAACCAAAAAUUGAAAUACUCUUAAAAUUUUUGUCAUUACAAUCAUUUGAUGGUAAAUUUCAACCUAAAAAUGAAUUUUUUGAAUUUUUUGGAAAAAAUUCAUUGGAUGAAUUUAACUUUGAAAAUAAUUUUGAGAAUAAAGAUGAUGAGCAGCAAAAAGAGAAAUUAUGUACUAUUAUUGGAUUGAUUUAUUUAGAAGUAGUAAUGAUGAAGGAUUUUAAAGAUGAAUGUGAUAUUUGUUAUGAAAAAUCUAAAACAGCAUUAACAACUAAAUUUAAAGAUUAUAAUGAAGAGAAUGUUAAGAAUGUUAUGGAUAGUGUUAGGAAGUGGAUGAAUGAUUGGAUUAAAGAAUAA